AUUUCGAAGCUCGAGGCUGAAUCUUUGGUAAAACGUCAAACGCGUCUCACUGCCCUCUCUCUCUCUCUUCCUGCCUCCCUUUCUCGUCUCGAGUUCCCAAGCGUGGGGGCAAGACCACCCAUUGCUGGCCUCGGGAUAAGAGCCAUAAAGAAAGGGAAGAGAACAGCGGGAGGGAGAGGGAAGGAAUGGGUCCCAACGGGCAUGAGUAGGCUUCCCCCCUUGAGGGCAGCCAUGCCUACUAAUAAAGGCGCUAAAGCCCAAGCUUUAAGCACUCCUUGCCCCUGUCCCGACGACAGACCUCUCCCCCGCCCUACUCUCAUUCUCUCCUCCUCCACAGUCUUUUUGUAACCACCCGCUGUUCCUCUGAGCUGUCUUCCUCUUUCUAUAUAAUUAUUCAGAACUCCACUACAUCUGGUAUCCACUUAGCUCUGGGUAGCUCUUGGUUUUUGGAGACAAAUAUGGAGGUAUGGAAGGGCUAUGAGACUGGCUUCUUUUCUUUACUCUAGCAAUACUAGGAUGUGUGCUUUGGGGAGGUGGAUGGUGUUCUUGGUUUCUCUCUGUUUCUUCGAAGUAAGAGGUGGGUUUUGCUUGCAGGACAUGAAGAGGCGCCAUAUACCGGCAUUUGGGAACUGGGAUUACUGCGACGAUCUCCCAAUUACCCAGUACUUCGAGUCAGCAAGGCAGGCCGGUUUGAUCCGUGGCCAUUACUAUGGAGAAGAUGGUGAUCUCUUCAAGGUUCCAGUCCCUGUGAAGCCAACUUACCACAACCACAACCACCACCACCACCACCACCACCACAAAAGAGGGAGGAAGGGAGAUGGAGAGAAGCAGCAAUAUGGAAAGGAGCAGCAGAGGAAGCAGGGGAGUUUGUGUAAUGUCGGAGCUCAGAGCCCAAAGAAGCCAAGGGCUCCCAAGGCUGUGGAUGAGGACUUGUACAAGAUCCCCCCCGAGCUUCUCUAUGAAAAGCCCAAGAGGAAGAGGAUGCUGACGAGUUUGUGGUCAGAGUGCCUGGGACUUAACUGCAUUGCCUGAGAAAGGAGGGAGAGAGAGGGUGAAGCAGAAGUGUAGCAUCGCAGCGCGUGCUGUGUGUACCUUCUUUUCAACUUUUUCUUCAGUUUUCUUCCUUUGAUUAAUGCGUGAUGUGAUGCAUCGUAGGACCGUGUCUUUUCCACAGGGAAUGGGAGAGCCUGACUCUGUAGCCGUUUGUGUAGUAGUGUUACUUGUUUUUUUCCUAUAUACGACGUAAUUAAACUUGUAUUAAGAGUGUUUGCUAAUAUAGAUAAAUGAGAAAUAGUGUGCUUAAUGGUGUUUGGCAGGGCAAUUACCUGAUAA